GACGGCGCGUAGCCUGCGGAGUGUUUAUCGAUAAAUAUGUUGCCUCUUCGACCCUGAAGAUGAAGGCAGUCCGUUCCUCCGAAACACCGGGAAACAUCUGCUAAGAGUUCUCGGUAUCACCGCCCCCCAAGACUGUAACCAGCGGUGGAGAGGGAAGGCAUUCUUGCGUGUGCCGUUGCAAACAUGUAGUUGCUUUACGCAUGAAGUUUCUUUCAUAUGUCUCGGGCGUGCUACAUGUCCUUCACACCUCCUCGUUCUGGACUUGGUCACGCUAGUAAUUUUGAAAACUGUGGGAUCAUUGAAUAAAAGGAUUCAAAUGUUGGGUUCGUUCGAGGAGUUAAUUUUUGCAUGUUUGUUUUGUCUCUUACGCAGUUGCUGUUGGCAGGGUCUACGCAGCUGAUAAAGAGAGCAAAUGCUCUGAGUUCUGCGAAUUGCAUUUCUGUGAUAACGUGUCAUGGGUUGUGAGCGACUGGAAGGUUACAUCAUCAAAAAAGGCCAACACACAGUGCUAUAUUAUAACUGGUUAGAAAUAUCAGGCGUUCUUACUAGUGCUGAUUUGUGCUCGUGUCAUAACUGAACUCCACACUGCAUCACGCAGUUUGUCACAGGAAAACAAAGUGAGCAGUAUAUAUUCGCUUCAGAAAAUGUCGCCUCUGCUUCAUGAUGUCGACGUUGAGACCAAGAAGGCCACUUUUGCCCUGGCAUGCUUCUGGGAACCUGAUGCAAUUUAUGGGGCCCAGAAGGGAGUCAUUCGGACCAGAGUUGGAUAUUGUGGCGGAGAGAAAGAAAAUCCAACGUACAAGGAUUUAGGAGAUCACACAGAAACAAUUGACAUUGAUUAUGAUCCAAAUGAAGUCACUUACAGUGAAUUGCUGGAUUUAUUUUGGAAAAGCCAUGAUCCUACUGCAAAGACGACAGUCCAAUAUAUGUCAAUCAUUUUCUACCAUGACCAAGAGCAGAAGAAAUUGGCUGAAGAAAAGUUGAGAGAGGAAGUCAAGAAGCAUUCUGAUCCCAUUCUGACAAAAGUUUUACCUGCCACAACAUUUUAUGAUGCUGAAGACUAUCAUCAAAAAUAUCGUUUACAGCAGCAUCCUUCUCUCAUGAAGGCUGUUAAUUUGGAGCCUGGACCCAAAGUUAAAAGUUCUCACUUGGCUGCAAGGCUUAAUGGAUAUGUUGUUGGGAAAGGUGGAGUAGCCCAGUUUGAUGCAGAAGUGAAGAAGCUUGGCCUGGAUGAAGGAACUGCCAAGAUUGUUCGAGAGCUGUUAGUGAAGAACGAAGGUCGUCAGCUUGUCUGCUAAACCUUGUAACAGUUACAUCAAGUUGCUACUGGGAAGGGACGAAAAGUGCACAGUAUUUUGCAUUGCAUUUUACUAUUUUAAAUUGUUCAGACUGUUGAGAUUUGAGAUUGCCACAAUUGUGAAUAUAAAGAUUAGUGUUAUCUAGGUUGUGAUGUCGUGCAGCUUGGUAGAUAGAUACCACUGUUUCAGAGGAAACUGCAGCUUCCAUCUUCAGGAAAGAUGGAGGUGACAGGUUCUUUCAAAAUGUUGUAUCUGUGUGUCAAGCUUCAGGAUAUCACAGUGAAUCUUGGUGUAUUCAUUUAUUUCAGCCAUUAUAAUCUGCUAUUUUACUUUAAAUGGAAGUUGUUAGUUUCUGAAAACUCUUCUGUUAUGUAAAUAACCUCCCCAUUUUAAUCUUUCAGAAGGAAAUUUGGAGCAGUGAUGAAAUCACUUGCAAAUAUAUCUGUCUGUGCCAAAACUAAGAAGUUUUGGAUCAAUUA